UCCCCGCAGGGGUGAGGAAGGGGGACCGGACGGAGGCAUGCCGCCUCUGUGUGAGGGUAGCUGGGAGGCGAAGCGGGGACACUUCAUACCUGUGUGUGUGUCCCCGGGCCCCAGCUGCAUUUUGAGUCAUGCACGAUGUAUUAGAAAGACGUAACAUCUCUGAUAUUAUCCUAGGGGAUCUCGGCUUCCUGAAUGUGUGUGAGGGAGAUAUAAAUGAGCCUCUUUGAUGGUCGAAUACAUUUGACCUUGUUUUACCACCACCUGUAAGCUUUGCUACUGACGCUACUAAUAACAUCUUUCUUAGUUAGCGUUUCUCUGGGAGCAGUAAAAAACUGAGCCAACUGAGCUAAUGUUACUUUAGGCUUGGCUAGGUUUAUAAGGAUGUUGCAGAAAAUAACAAUGGGGCCAGUGCUCAGGAGUUCAUUUUUUCUAAAUGAAGGAAAAAACCAGGAAUACCUCACUUCCCUAUUUUCCAAAAGUUUAAAGGAGCAGGCCAGUGAAGUCACUGGGAGGAAAAAAAUCAAGGUAGUAACUACUGAGGAUAUCUGGUGUUUAAAUAUAAAAAUUCUGGAAUUUGUACUUCAAGGGGUGGGGUGUGGGUGGAAAAUGUUGAUGUAGAACAGGGGUUCUUAAGGAAUAAAACCAAAACCUGAUAGAAUUGGAAAAUGGCCUUGAUUUGCAAAGAAAGGUUUGUCUUGGAGGCAGAAAGUAUCAGAGUAUGUUAGCCAUUGCUAAAGAAAUCUGAAGGUUACGUGAAGGAAAUUAAAAACAGUAUCUUUCUUAUAUAAGCAAAAGAAGGUCAGGGGAAGUGGAGGUGCUGUGCACUUAGCAUGUGUAGGUGAAACUGUGAAACCCUAAACAACUUUGCUUUAGCCUACAACAAUAAAGAGUAAGGAGACUUAACUCUAGCCAAGGAAGAUGUAAAAAUAAAAAAGGUGAUCCAGACAGUGUAAUUGCAUUAAUUUGGCAUCAGCAGUCUGCCAGGCUCUGGAAUGGGGCUUGGGGGAGGGCGGAGGAAGAAAAUUAAGAACACAAACUGUUUACCAGAGUGUUACUGGAUAGGGUGUACUGGGAUUUUUGAGAAAAAGGGAGCUGGAGAGCUGAUUUCUUUGAGUUAUGUCUAGUUGUUCUGAACUUCAAUGAAGCAAUUGAUUUACUGCUGCUUGGGAAAUACCUGCUCAGUGGAAGAAGGUGGACACUGGUCAAAAAUUGAAGAAAGACUGGGCUAAAGGUCUGAGUGAGUGUUUCCUGUGAAAAUCCAUGGAAGAUUAAAAGGAUUUGAAAGCUAAAUUCUAGAGAAAUUUGUGUAGUUUCUGUUACACAGAGCAAUGCUGAAAUUUCAAGAAAUUGCUAAGCAUGUCAGUGUUGCCAGGUUUAAUUCUGCUUGCUCAGAUGCUAUGAUUGCAAGAAGAUACACUAUUCAGAGGAAACUUGGCAAUGGAAGCUUCGGAAGUGUGUAUCUGGUUUCUGACAGAAAAGCAAAACAAGGAGAAGAAUUAAAGGUUCUAAAGGAAAUCUCUGUUGGAGACCUAAAGCCUAAUGAAACAGUUGAAGCAAAUCUGGAAGCACAACUACUCUCCAAAUUAGACCAUCCAGCCAUUGUCAAAUUUUAUGCAAGCUUUGUGGAGCGAGAUAGUUUCUGCAUUAUCACUGAAUACUGCGAGGGUGGAGAUCUGGACUUUAAAAUUCAAGAGUACAAAGAAUCUGGGAAGAUAUUCACUCAAAAACAAAUAAUAGACUGGUUUAUACAGUUGUUACUCGGAGUCAACUAUAUGCAUGAAAGGCGAAUACUUCACAGAGAUUUGAAAGCCAAGAAUAUAUUUGUGAAAAGUAAUCUUCUUAAAAUUGGGGACUUUGGAGUUUCUCGUCUUUUGAUGGGUUCAUGUGAUCUGGCAACUACAUUUACUGGGACACCAUAUUACAUGAGUCCAGAAGCACUGAAGCACCAGGGAUAUAACACAAAAUCUGACAUUUGGUCUCUGGGAUGCAUUUUGUAUGAGAUGUGCUGUAUGAACCAUGCAUUUAGUGGACACAAUUUUUUGUCUGUUGUGUUAAAAAUUGUAGAAGGUGAGACACCUGCCCUUCCUGAUAGAUAUCCAAGCCAACUGAACGCUGUGAUGCGCAGCAUGUUAAAUAAGAAUCCUUCAUUGAGGCCACCAGCAGCAGAGAUUCUAAAAAUCCCUUAUAUUAAUGAACAACUAAAGAAUAUACAGUACAAGGUCACAAACAUGACCGUAAAAGACAAGGCGCUUGACUGGCAGAAAAACACAGCUCCCCUUUUUGAUGCUGUGCAGAGGAAAGUUCAUUUGCAAACUCUGCAGGAACUCUCUGAAGUACAGAAAAUGACACCGCGGGAACGAAUGAGGCUGAGGAAGUUAAAUGCUGCAGAUGAGAAAGCAAAGAAGUUGAAACAGCUGGCAGAAGAAAAAUACCAAGAAAAUAUCAAAAGAAUGCAAGAAUUCAGGUCCCGUAAUUUUCAGCAGCUGAAUGUCAAUGUCCUACACGAAUCUGACGAGCAGACUUCAAAACCUCUAAUUCAUUCUCAGCCAGUCAUUACAUGCACCUAUGUGUCCAUAGGACAUGACGAACCAAGUGGAAAUGAGGCGUCAAGUCAGCUCUGCAUGUCUGAACUUACAGACCAUGAGAUCCCUGAAGACCCAGAAAUUGCAGAAGAAUAUUAUAAUGAUGAGUUUGAAUCCUGUUCAGAAGGCAGUGAAGAGGAGGAGGAGGAUGUGGAAGCAUCACAGUUGGCCUUUAAGACAAAUCACCAGGACAGUGAUAUCGAGGCAAUGGUCAAGUAUUUGGAGAGUGUCCUGAAUACUAGCUCAUUGGGCUCGGGGACUGUCACCGGAGUGUCUCCAGGGGCGCCCCAGGGAUUCAGAGCUCUCAACAGCACUAUGGCUGAGACCAAACUGAAACGCAUGAGGGAAUCUGCUAUAGGGAAGCUGGGAGCGGAGGUAUUUGAGGCCGUGUACAGCUAUCUCAAGCAAGCGAGACAGCAGAAUGCCAGUGAGGAGGAGAUCAGGAGACGUCUGGAGAAACUAGUUGCUAGAGCAAGCGAUUGCUUUGAAGUGGAUCAGCUUCUGUACUUUGAGGAGCAGCUACAGGCUUCAGAAGAAAGUCUUCAGUUGUAAAAUUUGUGUCAGUAAGAGGACUGUAAAUGGCAAGGAGGAGUGAAUGUGCUGAGCUGCCUUCUUCAGGCCAGCGAGCAAGUACAGGAGGUAUUUGGAGGAAACUACUGAAGGUAACGUAGUACUUAAGCAUGUGGGUAAACUCCAUUUAAGAUUCCAGACCAUGGUGAGAAGUGGGUAAAUAUGGUACAAAUUACAGGGAGAGGAAGAACAACAAAUGUUUGUGACAGUGAAGGGGAGGAUUCACUGUUACCAGCAUCCCUUUUUCACCACUUAGGACAUAAAGAAAGGCGGUGUCCUGGGCCUUGGCCAGGCAUCAGUGAGAGCAUCACUGGCAAAGCUGCCUCUGAUGGAAAUGGUGCCAGAUUAGACUCCAGCUGCUGUUGAUUCCUAUGAUAACUGGUCCUCAUGACAUUUAAGCCCUUAUUUUUUGUACUUUGGCAGGUUUACCCUUGAACAUACAUAUCUAUGUUCGGCUUCUCAGCCACUAAUUGUCUUGUUAUUCUUCAGUGUUCAAAAGGACUGCAUUUAAUCUGCAUGACUUUCAAAGGACCUGUGAAAAUACGUGCUGGCGUGUAUAGUUAUAUACAUACAUGCAUGCACCCAGAGAUAGGUAUGUAUAUCCAUAGAGGAAGAAAGAUGUCUGGCCAUACACCAUACACAUGUGCAUGUAUAGAGACAGAGACGUGACGCCUGAGCUAUAGCUGACUACGUUAGCUAGGAAUCCGUGCUGCAGCUUCUGAGAGUUUUGGAUCAAAUUCAUUGUACACAGAUGGAACAAUAAACUGGUGGUUUUUUGGCUUGCACGUGGUUACGGUUAAUGUUUUUUCUCAGUGUUCAUGCUCCCUUUGUCAUAUGCCUCACACUUCUGCUGAUUUCAACUGUAUAUCAUGC